AUGUCGGAUUAUAACGAGUUAAAAGGUCAAGUAGAAUCAAUGUCCAUAUUUAUUGCGACUCAGCAAAAAGAGCUGGAUUCUUUGAAAGAAGCAGUAGGGAAGAAUGAUAUUCCUCAAGGACAGACUCCAAAGGACAAGGGUUGGUCACUUGGUCUCUCAGACGAGGAGGACAAUUCUCAGGAGAAGGAAUCUAAGAAUUUUGCAAAUAUGUUUCAAGAUAAACCACAUGAUGGUCAGGACGAUAACGAGCUGGUAGAGAUUAUGAAAGAUAUUGAGGGCAGCAUUGAAUAUGGUCCCGAUCUGCUUCCACAAAUCUCUGAGGGGUUUUCAAAAACAGUUAGUCGUCCUUUGACAAAGGAAACUGCCUCAAAACUCAAAGAUCAGAUAAAAAUUCCGUCCAACUGCAAGGAUAUCCAAACUCAACAAGUUCAACAAUCAAUUAGCUUUGGUCUAAUUACAAUGGCCGAAAUUGCAAAUGAGGUUGCCACUCACUCAAAUGAGAUCCCUCAAGAGGUGAAGAAAAGGAUUUUGAAAUUAGCUAUUGAUGGAGGAAAUAUUUUGGGCGAUCAGCUGCAGGCGAGCAAUAUGAAACGCCGUCAGGAAGUGAAAAAAUUAAUUAAUCCAGAGUACAGUGCAAUUUGCAACAAACAGUUGCCAGUAUCGGAAUAUCUUUUUGGUGACAAUUUGAGCGAAACUUUAAAGACGUCAAAAGCAGCUUCAACUGUUAUUCGAUCGUCAAUGACAAGGACUACUCGGUUCCGUCCAUACAAUUUCUCAAGAAAUACCGGAAAUUUAAACUUCCAACGCCCGUUCCCACGAUUCCAGACCCAUCGAGGGACGCAAGGGCAGUUUCGAGGUCAAACUCGGGGACAAUUCAACCAGCGAGGAUUCAACCGAGGAAAUUAUCCACAACGACAAUUUCGACAACCAUAA